CGCUUUCCUGGCGGAGAAGAUGGCGGCUCCUGGACCGGGGGAGUAUUUUAGCGUCGGGAGCCAUAUCUCUUGUCUUACCUGCUUGGGCCAGCGUCUGCAGGGAGAAGUGGUGGCCUUCGACUACCAGUCCAAGAUGUUGACUUUGAAAUGUGAUCCCUCCAGCAGAAAGCCAACUCUCCACGACGUCAUCCUGAUCAAUUUAGCCUAUGUUUCUGAAGUGGAUAUAAUAAAUGACCGCACUGAAACUCCUCCUCUAGCAUCACUGAAUGUUAGCAAGCUUGCCAAUCGAGCACGGUCAGAGAAGGAAGACAAGCUGUCCCAAGCAUAUGCAAUCAGUGCUGGGGUUUCUGUGGAGGGCCAGCAUCUAUUCCAGACUAUUCACAAAACCAUCAAAGACUGUAAAUGGCAGGAGAAGAACAUAAUGGUGAUGGACGACGUUGUAAUCUCGCCGCCAUACCAGGCUGACAACUGCAAAGGCAAAGAGGGAAGUGCUUUAAGUCAUGUACGCAAAAUAGUUGAGAAACAUUUUAGAGACUUGGAAAGUCAGAAGCAACGUUCACAAGCACAGCAAACACAGAAGGACUCCACUUUAUCAUCUUGAGUCAGCGCAGGGCAGUGUGGGUCGGGCCAGCCAGGGAAUGCAACACUGCGGCGGGCUGGUGGACGGCACGGCGGGCAGUCUGUCUCGACUGCCGGACGAGGUUGGCAUUCCUAGCCCUCCUUGUCAGAGACCAGGAAGAUCCAGCGCUGAAGAGCACUGGGUCCAGAAGAUCUAAAAACAGUAACGAAAAAGACACACAAAAAAAAGAGGAAAGAGUUAAUCUUAAAUUAGACUUUAUGAAGAUAAUUUAAAACAUCAACCAUGACGCAACCAUAUAGUUAAAGGAAACUAACUUCAUCUCACUCAUCCCUCCCAUCAAUCCAUCAUCUUCCUCUUGUCCCCAAUGGCUUUUCUCCUUUCUUUUCCAUAAAUGUCAUUUAUUCAAAAAGAGAAAAAUAGAGCAGUCAAAGGCUUGUUGGCUUUAUUUCUGUCAGUUUCCUUUUUUUGCUAUAUCCAUGUUAUACAAGUGUCUGUUUUUCUGUCUUUUAAACAAAACGUGACUUGAAAUGCCACACUUUAAAAAUACAUUUUCUAAAAUAAAAGUAACACAUUCUGACUGUAA